CCGGAAGCGUCUUGGACAUUCGCCUUUUAACCUUCCGGCCUCAUAACUAACUCAGGCUCGUUUUGCCCCAGAGUCUUUCGAAAGGGGAUAUACGUCAGCACGUCUCUACGUGAGACGGCGAUAUUCCGGCGUGUUAUAACAGCUUCCGGCGGAGCCUGGUUGUUGUCCUGCUUUUGACGCCCUGUUGCGCUGAAACUGAGCGAGCUCCGGGGAGUGCGGAAGAUUUCCAGUAUUAGCUGCGGUAACCUCAUCAGCCCGCGAAGAUGGCGAUGCAAGCGGCCAAGAGAGCGAACAUUCGACUUCCACCUGAAGUAAAUCGAAUUUUGUAUAUAAGAAAUUUGCCCUACAAAAUCACAGCUGAAGAAAUGUAUGAUAUAUUUGGGAAAUAUGGACCUAUUCGUCAAAUCAGAGUGGGGAAUACACCUGAAACUAGAGGAACAGCUUAUGUGGUCUAUGAAGACAUCUUUGAUGCCAAGAACGCUUGUGAUCACCUGUCGGGAUUCAAUGUUUGUAACAGAUACCUUGUGGUUUUGUACUAUAAUGCCAACAGGGCAUUUCAGAAGAUGGACACAAAGAAGAAGGAAGAACAGUUGAAGCUUCUCAAGGAGAAAUAUGGCAUCAACACAGAUCCACCAAAGUAAACACUUUCUGCAUUUGCAUUUUGGACUGAAACCUGUGAAUCACCACCACCCUUUUCCAGUUUUUAAUUAAUACUGAAUAUUGUGGUUUCUUAUUCCAGAUUCAAAAUAACCUGCUUGAAAUUUUGAUACAUGUUAGAAUAUAUUGUUAGUAAACUUGUAGCUUUUUUGUAAAACGU